CACACCACACACACUCACACACGUACACAAACACCGAAACUUGGUGUGCGGAGCCCGGGGCCGAGCGCAUCAAGGCGCAGCCGGAGCGCACGCGGCUGGACGCGCGCAGCAGUGCGAGGAAAGGAAGGUGCCCGCGGGCGGAGAAGGGGUGCCGAGCCGGGGCAAGGCGGGCGGACCGAAGCUAGGAAGUCGAGCCGGAGAAGGAGGAGCGCGGGAGGUGUCCGUCAUGUGCCCGUGCCCCCUGCACCGCGGUCGCGGCCCCCCUGCGGUGUGCGCUUGCAGCUCCGGCCGCCUCGAGCAGCGCGCGGCGGCCGCGGCACAGCUGACGGCCGCCCGACUCAAGGCGCUCGGGGACGAGCUGCAGGAGCGGACCAUGUGGCGGCGCCGGGCGCAGAGCCGGCGGGCCGCAGCCGAGGCGGCCGGCAACGGCAGCGGGCUCCCCGCCUACUGGGCUUGGCUGUGCGCGGCCGCUCAGGUGGCGGCGCUGGCGGCCUGGCUGCUCCGGAGGAGGAACUUGUAGGAGCGCGGGGGCUUCUUGGCGGGGGCCGAAGCGGAGACCGAGCCGGAGCCCAAGCAACAGGCUGGAGAAAAUCCUGUGUCCUUGGAGCGAGCUGGAUCCCAUUUUCCUGGAGGGAAUCCGGAAUGUGAGUAGCCACUGGCCCAGAAGGGUGGCACCAUGAGCGGAAAGCGGAGGACAUCAAAACGCCUCGGGCAACGGGAAUGCCGAAUUGGACUGGAGGCGAUCUUCAGAUAUCCAGCAGCAGAAAUAGAAACAGAAACCUAUCCAUAUAUAUACAAAUCCAUAUAUAUAUAUAUAAGAGAGAAUAGGAAUAUUUAUCAUCUCUGCAUGCCUUGUUGAGAACGGGCCUUCCCGUUCCUUUUAUGCGACUCAUAGUAUGAACAUUUGUCCCCUCCCAGUUUGAGGCGCAGGAAGCGAAGGUCCACUGGGACAAGGCUAGCGCAUUUCCCAUGGCCAAAGUCAAAACUCUGGUGAUAGUGACCAGUGGAUACAGAUGAGGGAAUGGAGGCCUGCUAGUCUUCACAAGGGAUGGGCACAAGGUCCAGGGUGUUUCCACUUUGGAACAUUCUGAUGAGGCCUAGUUUGUGUAUAUAGAAACUCUGCCCCACCAGGGGCAGAUCCAUUUUUCUAUCUGUCUGGUAUUUUUGGUGCUCUGUUUUCAUAUUUGCCGGGUGCUACACUGCCUUUCUGGUGCUACCAUUUUACUGAAGUUGCUUGUGGGGCUGGGGACUGGAGAGGAAUUCAUUUCGCUUGUUCAGAGUUUUUGUUUUAAAAGGGAUGAAUUGCCAAGUUCUGUUUGCCAUAUUCUCUUUCCUGUCCUUGGGUCCUUUUGGGCCCACCUCGGAAACUGGUAAGGGUGUGGCAAGGCUAAGCAAGAAGAAACCUGGCCCCAGAAGUGAGCAAGGAUUUCUCCCCCUCCUCAAGGGCUGCCCUGGGAAUCCAUUCCCCAGCAAUUCCAAGGGAUCUCUGCUCUUGGAUUUUAGGGAUUCAAGAGCCAGGAUGCUGAAAAGGAUUUGUAAGCAGGGGCUGAAAGGGAGAAGCUGAUGAGCAUUCCAGCGGUAGGCACCAGACUGGCAAGGCAUCGGAGUUUUUCAAGAUAAGUUACUAUUUUCAGAAGUUUAUAGAUCAGUUAUAAGAAUGCACCUCUGAGUGCAACUUGGCUACAGUCUCCCCAGGGAGCAAUUAUUAUUAUUUUUGUUUUCAUUAAAAAACCAAAACAAAAUAACAACUGGUAUUAUACAUCUGUGCUGGGUAUUCCAUCUCCUGUUGUCUCAAUGGGCAAGAGAGUGAAGGCUCAGACUGUAGAUUCCAAAUGAUAUACGACACAUUUUGUGGGUAGUGGCUUUACUCACUUUGGUGACUGGGAGUCCCAGCUGUGAGAAAACAGUACAAGUAGCAGGAGCUCAUUGGGCUCAUCUGGCUGAAAUGGGACUGAUCCCUUGGCGUUUGAAAGAGGCGGGUCCCUUAGAAGGCAGAAAGAGCUUCAUGGCAGGGUCCCAAUUCCUGCUGCCACCCCCCUCUGCAGCCUUUUCUAAAUAAUACUUACAUUAAAUAAAAAAAAAAAAGACAACAUCCUCCGUUCCCUCACACACAGUCAGUCCUCUUCCGCUGGAUUUGACUUUGUGGGGCAGACGUGAUACUGACAUUUAACUCCAUAUUCCAGGUCCUUGGACCUAUCUUUUUUAUGUGGUCCCACAGGUCCUUAUUUUGGGGCUUUGAGCCCUGUUGAUGAAUGUUGGAGUUAGGAGGAAGGGAGGAGAAAAGGAGGGCAGCACACAUACCUGAGUCCUUUACCUACAUGGGGAUGUUAAAACUAUCGAAACUCUUUCCUGGCUUAAUAUAGUAUCUGCUUCAUUGUCCUUAGCUCCGCCUGGGGUGUGCUGCCUGGCGUUUGGUGGUGCCACAAGACGGUGUUUACUUAGGGUUGUCUUUUCCACACCCUUCUAGCAUUCGUAGGAGUGUCUGGUGGCCUCCAGUUUGAGGGCACAGAGACAAAUGCUCCCUGCCGGUAAUAACCUUCUCAGACUCGGAUCCCCGCUUUCUUCUUCAGCUAGCCUUUAAGUUGGGGGAACAGAAUUUCUCCCAGCAAAGGGCGUAUGGGUUGUAGUCUGGGGGAGACUGAUUUCAGGAAAGCUAGUUUGCUGAGAGAGCCAGGCACACCCCAAAAGUUUUAUGGCUAGGACUCACUGUAUAUAGCUUCCAUGUAUUAUUAGCAAAAUGUGUAUCUAAACCUUGUGGUUUUUUUUGGGGGGGGAGGCACAUCAUUAGUAUGAGUGCACUUCUUUGUGACCCCUGCUUUUGGCGAGGGGCUGUUUCUAUGCCCAUUUUGAUAUGAAACUCGAGUCCUGAUUGACAUUCGUAUUAGGAAAUUGACGCAUGAUAUAUACCCAUAUAUGUCUCUGCCAUCUUCUCAUUGCAUUAUGGGGAUUGCAUGGGAUUGCGAGCUGGGCUCUUCGGUUAUUGUCCAUAUUUUGACCGUGAGUUCCAUCUCUCAGGUCUUCCCUCUCUCUCUUUCACUCUCCCUUUCUCCCCCUGUUCUCCAGACGCUAAGAAGUCAUUGAUUUUGAUGAGCUUCACUGCAGAGCCUCACAGGAGAUGGAGAGAGGGAGGAAGGGAGGGAAAGAGGGAGGGAGGCAGGCAGGCAGGCAGGCAGGGCUUAAAAUAAAUAAAGACCUCAUCUUGGAUUUCAGCAGACUGACUUGGUGCAGCAGAGGGGGGGUGGGUUCUGAGAUCAUCGUCUAGGUGCUGGCUUCCAGGGAAGAACGAUCUGGGUUCAUUUCUAAAAACAAAAACAAAACAAAUACAAAAAACCCCCCAAAAUGUUCUAGAAAAUGGGUUACAUCCCCAGGAGAUGGGAUCUUUGGGGUCGGGGUGCUCCUGGGAUUUCAAGAUUCCCUAUCAGCAACCCCUCCUUCCUAAGCAAAUAAUCUCCUUCCCCCACCUCCUUUUGAAGUUGGAGGUAACCAGCUGGAACAAGUUUUCACAUCUUUGAAUAUUUAUUGAACAUAGAGGAGGAGCCCAGUGGCUUUUAUCAGCUGCAGAAUCUUGUCAAGAAAUCACCUCUUUAUUGAGAUCUGCCUGAGCUGAGAUUUGAGGGGAGGCUCAUACCCAGAUUCCUGUACAGUUUGGUAGUCUCCAGCUUAGCCAUAAGCAGAGGAAGCAGGCUGAUACAAAAGAAUAAUUUAAAAGGAAAAUAACUUCUAGUGUAAUGGAUAGAGCACCAGAUUAAGAGAUAGAGGACCUGCGUUCAAAUCCUAUACUAGCUGCUGACUUCCUGUGUGAUCUUGGCUGAGUGUCACCUUUCUGGAUCCCCAUGUCCUCAUCCAUUAAAGAAAAAAAUAAAGAGGUUCAAUUAGGUCCCUUCUUGUCCUAGAUCCUAUUAUCCUAUCAUGAAACCUACCAGGCAUUUGCCUUCUUUAAAGGCAGGGUUUGGAAAUUUCUGUCUGCUGCCUAUAUUACUGUCUGUCCACUGGCGACUUUGAGUCUUUAUGGUAACACAAGUGGCCUCACUUGACUCUAGCCUUAGGUUAGAUAGAAGUUGCUCCUGAUUAAAAACCUAUUGAGACACUGUGUAGGGACUAUUUAGGGGGUAGCCAGAGGGUUUUUCUCUUAUUGAAUUUUAAGUAUAUAAUAGAGAUUUGUAUGUUGUUCAUGGUUUGGGGGCAGCCUUGGAUGAGGAUGGACUAGGUGAUGCUGGAGGAUCCUUCCAACCCAGGGAUUAGUCAGAACAGUGAGGUGUGGCCACUCCCCAGUAGAACAAGGUGGAUUGCCAUCCCAUGACUUCACAGUUCAUCUUGCUGUAUGGCCAUGUGACUGGACCAGGGCUUAAGAGAACCAUUUAUGAUUUCAUUUAAAAGAAUAUAUUGUUCCAAAUGGAAAAGACUGGGGAUGGUAUCCUUUGGUUUUCUAACCCAUCCCAUGCCUUUAGGAUACUGUCAUUUUUCUUUUUAUUUAUUACCUGUUCUGGGUCCCAGUCCCCAGAAGCAGCGUGGAAAGGACAUUGACUUUGGUGACAAGAGUACCCAGUUUGAAUUCCUGUUCUAAUACAGAUUACCAGUCUGUACCAGCUUGGGCAAGUCAUGUGCCCUCUCCAGGCUCAGUUUCCUCCUAUGUAAAAUGAAUAGGUGGGUCUAGUUGAUUCCCAAGGUUCCAAAAAACAGAUGAUCCAAGCAGCAGUAUCUCAUUUGUCACCAGCUUUCCAUCAGUCCAGGGCAUUGGGUGUUAGGAAAACAUUUCUGGCUCCCAUCUGCUCCCAUUUUCAAAGUCCCUCCCAAACCCAUUUCUCCUGUUUGUCCCCGCUUUCCCUGCCUUUUUGUUUCACUAAAAGCCCUGCUUUUGAGGAAUGAAUUUACUUUAGGGAGAGGUUUCUUAACUUUGGACCCAGAUUCCUCAAGGGGUCCAGGGAUAGAUUUCAGAGGGCCUAUGAACUUGGAAGAGGGGAAAAUGACAGUUUUAUUUCAAUAUAAUUGAUUUCCUUUGUAAUCCUAUGUGUUUUAUUUUAGUAAUUUAAAAAUGUGUUUCUGAGAAGGGACUUCUAGGCUUCACCAGACUGCCCAGGGGUUCCAGGACAUGAAUCAGGUGAAGAACUCUUGUUAUGGGGGAGUCCUGGAAUUGGGCACAGAAUGUUUCUGUAGUGGGUUUUAGAGGUUUAACCGUGUGGCUUGGCAGGUCCCCAUGUGUUACGUGCCCUCCAUGGGCGUGCAACAAGCUUUAAGAACACGCCCUUCUGGUUUCUGAUAUGACAAGUUUGCUGUGCUAUCUUUUGUAAGAAGGAUUUCAUACCUUGAAAACACUUUGUACAUAUUUAUAAUGACUUUAUUAAAAAAUUCAGUGUGCUCUUGA